GCACACAAAUACACCUUGCUUCAUUCUGCAAGCUUCUGUCAAUAUUUUUUGGACAGGAGAGGUGGUUAAAGAUCAAAGAUCAGAGGGCUUGGAUAUUAAAAGGGCCCAGCAAUUGCUGGGGAAACUAGGAAGGACCACAGUGGGAGAAGAUAAUCUCUGCUGAAGUUGCACCAUGGAUCUUAUGCACAGUGCAGGAAUCCAGGCCACCAGCUAUCUCCAAGAGAAUUUCAUGGACUUUCAGGACUGGUUUCUCUUCAUCUCAACAGUAGCUGAUCUCAGAACAACUUUUUUCUUCUUCUUUCCUAUCUGGUUCCAACUGAAGGAAGCAGUGGGAAUCCGAAUCAUCUGGGUAGCUGUCAUCGGCGAUUGGUUCAACCUUGUUUUCAAGUGGAUCCUCUUUGGAGAAAGGCCCUACUGGUGGGUACAUGAGACAGAUUUCUAUGGCAAUGUAACACCCCCAGUAAUCCGCCAGUUUCCCAUUACCUGUGAAACUGGCCCAGGUAGUCCUUCUGGUCAUGCCAUGGGGUCUUCUGGGGUCUACUAUGUCAUGGUGACAGCACUGCUUUCACAACUACUGCCACAGAAGCGAAACACCUUGAGAGGCAGGUGGCUCCAUGGUCUUUUUUGGGCAGGAUUCUGGGCUAUACAAGUCUGUGUCUGCUUGUCCCGAGUGUUCAUUGCUGCACACUUCCCACACCAAGUGAUUGCUGGUGUUAUUUCAGGAUUACUGGUGGCUGUGAUUUUUGAACAAGUCCAUUCCAUCUACACUGCCACCUUCACGCGAUACGUUGGAACCAUUGGUUUCCUCUUUGGUUUUGCCCUAGUCUUCUACCUGUUGCUGAAGAUGCUGGGUGUAGAUCUCUUAUGGACAAUUGAGAAGGCCCACAAGUGGUGUGAACAGCCUGAAUGGGUCCAUAUUGACACAACCCCUUUUGCCAGUCUGUUAUGCAAUCUGGGCAUUUUGUUUGGUCUGGGAUUUGGACUCAACUCCCCAAUGUAUGCAGAAAUGUCCAGAGGGAAGCCAAGCCAAGGGCUGAUCUUCCACUUCAGUUGCAUUGUUUUUUCACUGUUAAUCCUGCACCUGUUUGAUUCCUUUGAAAUACCCACUGAUCAGGAGAUCCUCUUUUACAUUCUCUCAUUCUGUAAGUGCACUUGUGCCCAUAUCUGUGCAGUGGCCCUCAUCCCCUAUAGCAUUUUCUGCCUCCUUCAGCAGACAGACAAGAAAGAUUCAUAAAGGAACAAAUAUCCUGCUGUAGAGCUACUUUGGACAUGUAUCUUCAACUCUGAAGACUAAAGGUUUAUAAACUAAAAUAUGUUGUUGUCUGUUUCGUGAAUGAUCAAACAGAGACUUAAUCCCUUCCAUGCACUGAAUGAAUAUAGCUGCCUUCAGACAGAAAUAAUUUGAUAUCCUGAC